AUGGAUGUCACCGCUAAAUUCCAAAGCUCUAUACCUUACACUCUGCAGUCGGUGUCGCCCACGCUCGCUGCUCUACAUACUCGAAGAAAUCGUAGAUUACUCGCAGAAACCACAGGCCCUGAUUCCGAGAACUCAUGUUGCGGCAAAUGUGGGCUUUAUCUGUUUGCUGGUGACAGUAGCACCAGAGUCGUCCGAAUGAAGAAUGCAAGGCGACGACGGAAAGGCGGAACGAAUUCACCUACACCUACUCACAGGACGAGCAGCAAUACAAGGGCGCGGCAAUCUACGUGUUUUCAAUGCGGCUGGGUGACUGAAUUUCCUCUUGACAGGGAACCGGCAUCUUUGUUCCCAAUACAGCAGACUUCUUCAUUCAAAGCAGCCGAUUUGUUGAAUAUAGAGCAACUACACGUACCUUCCAAGUCCCUUCAAACGCCGAACGAUGCUCCCGCUGAGUCGAGGGCGUCAUCAUCGCAGAGCAUUGUGCAAGGAGAGACUGCAUCUAGACAACUGCCGCCCACAUCAUCUCAACUCCCCAAUUCGGGAUUCAGUGUGCCCUCCGUUCAGGGGUCUAGAGUGACAUCUACUCCUAUUCCUACUUAUGCAAAAUCCAGGUCUCGUCCAAAGAAAAAGAAUGGAUUGCAUGAGAUGUUAGCUCAGAACAGAGCCAAGGAAGAAAAAGCCAAAAAUGCAUCAAACAGUGGCCAAUCUGGCCUCACUGCAUUCCUAAAUUCUCUCUAG